AAACCGUACAUGUGUGCGUGAGUGUGGCUGAGAGAAUCAGCAAGAUCAGCAAGUGUAGAAGAAAAUCUUAUGCAAAACGCUGUCCUGUUUCUCAAUUUCCAUUGUCCACUAGAAGAAAAUUUUGCAAUCGCGAAUAGAGCUAACCCGCAUUCACAAACUGUAAAAUUUUCAGUUGCCGUCACAGGUCACGACUAGCCAAAGCAGCGAGUGCCGUGUGCUUCGUGCCGUUCUCCGCUGCUCCCGUUUCGGUGUGUGUGUGUGCAAAUGUCAAAUUGAUUUCGGGAAUCAGCAGCAAAACUUUUCUUCGUGGUGCAACAAAUCGACCUCUGCUCGUGGUGCAAAUCACGCGUAUUUGUCGCCAAAGGAAAGAAUUAGCUGUAGCGUACCGCGAUACAACAUUACGACGUUUAAGGACACGGCAACAAAAUAUCGCACCUUUUCGUACCAGUUUCUCUCAUCAAAGUGUCAUCGUGUUUUACGUUGCGUGUGUGUGUUUUUUUCGGCAGCCACAACAACAAUUUCCUGUUGGAUUAUUAGAACCAGUGUAGCACUAGCGGCAGCAACUCAUCAGAAUGGCGUCGUAUCAGAUAGCGAAUCUGCUGGAGAAGAUGACGUCCAAUGAUAAGGACUUUCGCUUUAUGGCGACCAACGAUCUGAUGACGGAGCUACAAAAGGACAGCAUCAAGCUCGACGAUGAAUCGGAGAAGAAAGUCGUCCGUAUGGUGCUUCGCCUGCUGGAGGACAAGAACGGCGAGGUGCAGAAUCUUGCGGUGAAAUGCCUGGGACCGUUGGUAAACAAAGUGAAGGAAAAUCAGGUGGAAACGAUUGUGGACCUGCUGUGCGCCAACAUGGUGUCGAACAACGAACAGCUGCGUGACAUCUCGAGCAUCGGUCUGAAGACGGUCAUAUCGGAGCUGCCACAGUCGUCCAACUCGCUCGUGCCGAACGUUUGCCAGCGCAUCACCGGCAAGCUGAGCGUGGCGAUCGAGAAGGAGGACGUUUCGGUGCAGCUCGAAGCGUUGGACAUACUGUCGGAUCUGCUGUCGCGCUUCGGCGAUCUGCUGGUACCGUUCCACGAGCUCAUCCUGAAGGCGCUCGUGCCGCAGCUCGGUUCCGCCCGGCAGGCCGUCCGGAAGCGCACGAUUGUUGCACUGUCCCACCUGUUGACCACCUGCAACAACAACGCGUACAACAAGGUGAUCGAACACUUGCUCGACGGGCUGGAGAAGCCGCAAAAUCCCGGCACGAUUCGGACCUACAUCCAGUGUUUGGCGGCGAUCUGCCGGCAGGCCGGCCAUCGGCUGUGCAACCACAUCGAGCGCGUCAUGUUUCUGCUCAAUCAGUAUAGCUUGCGGGAUGACGACGAGUUGCGCGAAUUCUGUCUGCAGGCGUGUGAAGCGUUUGUGCAGCGCUGUCCGGAAGCGAUCAUGCCGCAUAUUCCGACGAUCGUUGAUCUUUGCCUAAAGUACAUCACGUACGAUCCAAACUACAACUACGAGGCAGAUGAUGGCGAGGGUGGCAACUCAAUGGAGAUGGAAGACGACGAAGAAAUUGAUAGCGAAGAGUACAGCGAUGACGACGAUAUGAGCUGGAAGGUGCGUCGAUCGGCCGCCAAAUGUUUGGAGUCGGUCAUCUCCACCCGUCACGAGCUGUUGGAGGAAUUCUACAAAACCCUUUCGCCGGCACUUAUCGCACGCUUCAAAGAGCGCGAAGAAAACGUCAAGUCCGACAUAUUCCACGCGUACAUCGCGCUGCUCAAAUCGACCCGCCCCAUGGGCGAUGAUAUCGGGCACGAUCCCGACUCGAUGGAGCAAAUUCCUGGCCCGAUCAGCAUGCUGACCGAUCAGGUACCGACGAUCGUGAAAGCAGUUCAGCCGCUCAUGCGCGAAAAGUCGGUGAAAACGCGCCAGGAUUGUUUCCUGCUGUUGCGCGAACUGUUGAACGCACUGCCCGGGGCACUUUCGAACCAUAUCGAUCAGCUGAUGAGUGGCAUCCACUACUCGCUGAAUGACAAAAACUCAACCUCCAAUAUGAAAAUCGACGCCCUCGGGUUCGUUUACUGUAUGCUGGUCGGGCACAAUCCGCAGGUGUUCCAUGCGCACAUACAGCUGCUCGUUCCGCUCGUCGUGAAUGCGGUGUUCGAUCCGUUCUACAAGAUCGCCACCGAAGCACUGCUCGUGCUGCAGCAGCUGGUGAAGGUGAUCCGGCCGGUCGACGUACAGACAACGUUUGAUUUUACGCCGUACGUGAGUCAGCUGUACACCAGCACGCUGCAGAAGCUUCGCUCGCCCGAGGUUGACCAGGAGGUGAAGGAACGGGCGAUCGCCUGUAUGGGCCAAAUCAUUGCCAAUAUGGGCGAUGUGCUGCAGACGGAGCUGGUCACCUGUUUGCCACUGUUCAUGGAGCGUUUGCGGAACGAGGUGACGCGAUUAAGCUCGGUCAAAGCACUGACCAUGAUCGCGGCGUCACCGCUGCGCGUCAAUCUAAGCCCGAUCAUCGGCGAGGUUAUACCGGUGCUGGGGUCGUUCCUGCGCAAAAAUCAACGUGCGCUGAAGCUCAACUCGCUCACCCUGCUGGACACACUCGUGACGCACUACAGCCAAUUCCUGGACCCGAAGCUGCUGCGCGGUGCCGUGGGAGAAGUGCCCCCGUUGCUGAGCGAAUCAGACCUGCACGUGGCACAGCUUUCGCUCGUGCUGCUUACUUCCGUGGCCCGCCAGCAACCGGAGGCACUGGUUGGGGUGCACGAGCAGAUUUUGCAGGAAGUGAUGACGCUGGUGCGCUCACCGCUGCUGCAAGGUACGGCACUGAACUGUACGCUGAAGCUGUUCCAGGCACUUGUGCAAGCACAACUGCCAGGGCUGAGCUACCGCCAUCUGCUAGGGAUGCUGAUGAAUCCGGUAUACAAUCAGCAGCAGCACGGUGGCAGCCCACUGCACAAGCAGGCGUACCAUUCGCUGGCAAAGUGCAUUGCCGCACUGACUCUGCAGGUGCCAAACGAGGCACUGACGGUGGCAGGAGAGUUCCUGCGCGAAAUCCAGAACCGUCGCAAUGAUUCGCACCUUAUGUUCUACUUGCUGACGAUUGGAGAAAUUGGCCGUCACUUUAAUCUGCACACGAUCGACACACUAGCACAAACGAUCCUGAACUGUUUCUCGGCGUCGUCCGAGGACGUGAAGGGUGCCGCAAGCCAUGCGCUCGGUGCAAUCGCCGUCGGCAAUCUCAAUCACUAUCUGCCCUUCAUACUGAACGAGAUCGAGGCACAGCCGAAACGUCAAUAUCUGCUCCUGCAUUCAUUGAAGGAGUUAAUUUCGUCGCUGUCCACCAGCAAGGCCGGCCUGGAGCAGCUGCUCCCGUCCGUACCGUCGAUCUGGACGCAGCUCUUCAAACACUGCGAAUGCUCGGAAGAAGGCUCUCGCAACGUGGUGGCCGAAUGUCUCGGUAAGCUGGUGCUGGUGAACCCCGAGGAGCUGCUCCCGCGGCUCCAAAUGGCGCUGCAAAGCGAGAGCGCCCUGAUGCGCACCGCCGUCGUAUCGGCGAUUAAGUUCACCAUCUCCGAUCAGCCACAGCCGAUCGAUCCGCUGCUUAGGCAAUGUAUUGGCCAGUUCCUGUUCGCGCUGCAGGAUCCGGAACCGUCGGUGCGGCGUGUGGCACUUGUUGCGUUCAACUCGGCCGUGCACAACAAGCCGAGCUUGGUGCGCGAUCUGCUGCCCGAGCUACUGCCCCAGCUGUACUCGGAGACGAAGGUGAAGAAGGAGCUGAUCCGGGAGGUGGAGAUGGGCCCGUUCAAACACACCGUGGACGAUGGGCUCGACAUCCGGAAAGCGGCUUUCGAGUGUAUGUACACGCUGCUGGAGCAGGGUCUCGAUCGCGUAGACAUUAUGCAGUUUCUCGAGCACGUGCAGGCGGGAUUGCGCGAUCACUACGAUAUUAAGAUGCUCACUUAUCUUAUGACGGCUCGGCUGGCGGCACUCUGCCCGAAUGCCGUUCUGCAAAAACUCGAUCAGUUCGUAGAGCCGCUGCGUGCUACCUGUACGCUGAAGGUGAAGGCCAACUCGGUAAAGCAGGAGUACGAAAAGCAGGAUGAAUUGAAAAGAUCUGCACUACGCGCCGUCGCCGCACUGCUGCAAAUUCCCAAGGCUGAUAAAAACAUAUACUUGGCGGAGUUUUUGAUUCUGAUCCGCAGUUCAUCCGAGCUACAGCCGCUGCUCGAAUCGGUACAGAAGGACUCAUCCGGACAGUCGAACAACAAUAUCGAUGGGCGGGAUACGUCGAUGGAUCAAAGCUAGGUGGAAAGGACAAAGAAGCGCAAGGUGGAUGAUGAUGAUGAUGAUGAUGGUGGUGAACACAAGUAGUCAGAACGCAAGCAUAACCCUUCUCGCUGUUGAUCGUUGAAACGUCGAUCGAUAACCGUUUCAUGCCAUGAUUGCUGUCCCCGCACCCCUCCUCGCCUACCAUCGCCAUCCUUCCCUUGUGGUGUGCAGUUGCAUGCACAGUCGUCCCGCGUAGUAUGUAGUCGGAGUGGAAUUAGACGAUGAUGCCGUGGUGGACUCCCCCGGGAUGAUCCUCUAUGUAAUGUCCAACACAACGUACGAUCGAUCUAACAAAACACAAACAAAAACGAUGAUGUAGGACGGUAAGAAACAUACACACAGUAAGCAGAAUUUCCGCCAGCGAAGGUGUAAGUAGGGAUUCGGCAAGGAAAGCAUAGGCAUCGGUAAAAUGCGUUCUAUUUUUUCUUUUCCGGCGAUAUACAUUGUUUCAAAAGUGAGGUUUUUAAUGUGAACGAUUGAAACUCCGAACGUAUGUGGAGGGUUUGUAAGGGUGAAAAGAUACUAACAAAUUCCAAUUCGAGGUCGAUACCGCUUCCCGUUAAUAGUUGGUUCUUGUUUUGUAUCACUUUUUAAGUCUUUUUUUAUUUUUCUCCUGCGUUACACAUUUUGUUUUUACGUAAACAACAGCAAACAAUAUACGUACGUUUCCACUUUGUCGGAUGCGGAUUUAUAUACUCAUGGUCGGAACUGAGCAAAUUCCGAAACGACAUCCCACAACAACAUCAUCUCCAUCCGAAGUAGCGAUCACCAAUGGCGGCGCGAGAUCCAGUACGAACGGUACGAACAGAACCGAUUCUGAUUGACGGCUCGAGCACGAGUCCGACUAUUUGAAGCGAGAAUGAAAUUGAGGAAAAUUUUGAAAGGAGAAUGAGAAUGAACAUGAUAAUGUAAACACUAUGAAUAAAUGAACAAAUUUAAUUGACAGCAUA